AUGGGUGUGUGUGUAUCGGUUUGUUUGCGAGGGGGUUUGGACGACGAGUCUGGCGAGAAUGCUAGGCUUUUGAAGCAGAACAAGAAGCUCCAGGAGGAGGAGCAGAGGAGAUACCGCAAGUUCAAGGUCUUGCAGCAAAGCGAUCUCAACGAGAUCGUCAAUCUGACCAUCAACAACUAUGUCGACAUUUCAGAGGCCUUUGACCAGACCAAGUAUGGCUACAGCAACCAGUACAUCAACUUGGAUCUUGACAAGUUGAACUCAGACAUCUCUCAGACAAACUACAAUAAGAUCAGCCAACGGAUCAUAUCUCAAUUCAACAGCCAACUCAACAAUCAAUUAAACAGCCAACUAAGUGGUCAAACAAUCAACAAUGCUAUGGGUGAUGCAGGUGCAGCUCCUGAUUACUUUGAAGAGGGCGGAAACAUCAGAAACAGUGGUCUUAAAGGUGCUCUUAAAACUGUUUCUCGGUCUUUUGACAACUAUAGUGAUGCCAAUUUAAAUAUCAAUAAUAAUAACAUUAAUCAGAUUAACCAGAUUAAUCAGAUUAACCAGAUUAACCAGAUUAAUAACAAUAAUAACAGUAAUAAUUUUUACAACUAUAACUCAAUUAACAAUUAA